UAUUUCCCAUUUGCUUCCUCUUUCUCUCUCUUUCUUUCUAUCUCACUUUCAUCUCAUAUUUUGUGUAUAAUUUCCCUCUCCAUAAAAAACACACACACACACACUAACACAUACAUAUAUUCAUACAAAAAAACACACAAAAAAAAACUCUAGUUAUAUAUAUAUAUAUAUACAUACAUAUAUACAAUAUGGCGGAAUUGGAGUUUCAAAGUAAGCAUAAUAAUAAUCGUACAAGCAACGGACGUUUAAAAUUAUUCGGUUUCAACGUGACGGAGGAUCAAGAACAAGAGGUUGAAUCGACAAAAACGUCGUCAGGAUCGCCGGAAUCCGGCAGUUUUCCGGCCUCAGACGGCCGGAAAUACGAGUGUCAAUAUUGUUGUAGAGAAUUUGCAAAUUCACAAGCAUUAGGUGGACAUCAAAAUGCUCAUAAAAAAGAAAGGCAACAAUUGAAACGUGCCCAAAUUCAAGCUAGUAGAAAUGCAUAUAUGAGGAACCCUAUUAUAUCCGCUUUCACGCCACCAUCACACCUCCUCGCUCCCUCGGGAAGUGUGAUGGUACCCACGACGUCUCCGUCGUGGGUUUACGUUCCCCGCCCCACGCCACCCUUUCACGUGUCGCAUGGUUGUGUGUUCCCGAAUUCUACGGGGGCGCGGGGUGUAGGGAACUUACAAUAUACCGGCAGUGUAGCGGAAUCUAGCUUAACUAGUGUUGGGCCUCAACAAGUUAAGGCCCAUAGUGCUAGAGUUGAUGGGCCGUCAUUGAGUAGAUUUUCGGGUAUGGAUGCUGGGCCCAAUUUUGAUGAUGCAUUUGGGCUGGAUUUGCAUCUAAGCCUUUGAAUUAAUUUUAAAUUUUAUCAAAAAAUAGGAUCUUGUAUAUCUCAGAUUAUUUAUUUAUUUUUUCACUCAAAGAAAAAAAAAAUCCUUACAUCCAUUUUAUGA